AUGCAACACAUCAAAGAGACGCUGCAUGCGCCGCACCCGCGCCUCGCAGUGCUGUGCAGCUGCGCUGCCGACCUCGGCCACCUGCUUUUCGCUGCCUCGCCCCCACACUACCGAGACGGCGGCUUGCCGCUCGUCUCUCGCGCCCUCGCCCAGAACGCGCACGUGGCGCUGCUGCAGAAACUCCAGCAGCAGCAGGCGCAGGAGGCCGCGGCGGCGUUUGCAGCGCACCUCGACGGAGGCGCGGGGGCGGCGGAUGCUCACGGGAGCCCGCAGGGAGUCGCGCCGUCCGCCACCGACGCGGUUGCGUCUCAGCUGGCGGCUGCGGAAGCCGAGGCGGAAGAGACAGGCGCCCAUGUGUCGGCCACGUGCCUGAUCGGGGGUUCCCUUGUCGGCCAGUGCCUCGCGCUCUUGAUGGAAAUGUUUGCGUGCACAACACAUCCAGUCGUCCGGUCUGCUGCGUAUCUGCAGCUGUGGAGAAACCGGCACUUCUUCCCGUAUCUGCUUCUCCCCUCGCAAGCAGUCGCCGCAGAGACUGUCCGUCGCCAGUUCCUGUGCCUGCUCCAGCAGCAACUGGAAGGCAGAACUCGAGACAUGACGCUGCAACUCAUCGCCCACGGCGCCGCUCCGGUCAUUGCCCAGGAUGCUCCGCUCACGGAGGCGAUCCUGAACACGUUGGCGUCUCUCUGGGGCGCCGCGGCAGCUGUGGGAGAUUCCUCAGGGCGCACUGGCUGCUUCGAAUGGACCGAAAUCGCCGAAGACGAAACGGCGGAGGAGCGACCGAAGGGAGGCGUGCCGAUGGAGGCGCACCUGGCGCGCUGGAGAGACAGGCUCUCGCUUUUCCCGGAACACAGAGAUCUAAGUCCCCUGCUGGUUGCCGCGAGUGCCCCGGAAACGGCUGCGCUCGCGAUCGAGGCGCUCGGAGCUCUCUUGCCUUUCCUCGGCGGCGAUCCCGCGAUCCGAAUUCUGGAGAGGGUCUGUGCCUAUGUGUGGGGGAUUCAGAAGCGCGAGACAGGAGACACACUCGACGCAGAGCACGCGCGACGAGGGCAGGCUGACGCACAUCUGAAAGGCAACGAGGGGAGCAAACAGAACGAAAAAGAAGAAGGGAGAGACAGAGGAAACCCCACGGAUGGAGCUUCGAACGCUCCCGUCCCAGGGGAUGAACCCACCAGAUUCGUCGGGCGCGCGAGCUGCAGAGGGCAGCCAGACCUGCCGGCUUGUCUCCAGAGGGCGUCCAGCUUGGCUGUCCUUUUGGCGAACACAUCGCCGCUGCAACCUGAUAUUGCUGUCUGGGCUUUGCGGUUUCUUUGGCGGCUCAUCGACCGCCUUCGCGAAACUGCUCUUUCUCCGUUAUGUCCGCCGAUCGUGCGUCGACGCACCGAGCCGGCAGCAGCCGCGCCACCGGGCCACUCUCCAGCUCCAUCUCCAGCGUCCUCAGAGCUGUGCGGAGGGAGCGGAGCGAUGCGUGAACGCGAGAGCGGCGCACUCAGCACGCCAGUCGCGUUGUCAGACCUGCCGAGUCAAAUCGUCCGGCAGGCUCUAAAGGACACUGCAUGCGCUUCUCUGGAAGCCGCAAACUUCCUAACGCUAAACCACGGCGACCUUCUGGUGCCUCUUCAACUACACUGUCUGAAGCGCGUCCUGGAAAGCUGCUGCUGCGUGGGCACGGGGGGGCCAGGGAUUCCGGGAGGCCCAUGCGGGGAUCACGAGACGCAAGCAGUAUCGAAGGGCUUCCUAGCCACCACUGCUCUUCGCUGCCUUCUCGACCUCGUGCAUUCCGGCUGCGUUCGUCCCUGUCCCCCGCUCCGGCAUUUCUCGUGGUAUUCAGCAUCCCCUCAGCUCUUAGCGCCUUUCUGGUCUGCGGGCGUGCCCCAGACGGUCGACAGAAAGCCGGGUUUGAAGCGAGCGGCUGGCGGUUCUCAGUCUUCGUCUGUAUCCCACUCUUCCGGCUCUCUUUCGUCUUCCUCGAGCUUGUUUGCAACGAGGCGUGUGGGCAGAGAAGGCCGAUCUCCAUCCAGGGACCUCAACUCCUCUGAACAGAAAGAUCGGAAGAUGCGGAACGCGGUCGAUUCGUCGCUCUCUUUGCUUGGCGGGGGAACUGGAAGAAACGAACUUCGCCAUCGAGAGCUCUGGCUCUGGCUUCGAGUCGCGGCCCUUGAAGGCGCCCCCGCAGUCUGCACCUUCCUGGCGUUGCUCAGCGCCCUUCUCGGCUGGUGUCUCCCUGAGCGCGUGGACCGGCCUCGGGUUUCGAGGACCUCACGUUCGCUUCUCCGCGCCGGCGCGAGGCCGUGUGGUUGCCGCAUCCAGGGCGCAGCUGUUUGCUGUCGGCACGACACCCCGCGGCUACAUCCGCGAGGCGUAUCCAAGAAGCAUUUCCGGACGAGAACGGGCGAGGUGCUCCACAGGGACAAGUUCCAGAGGACCAAAGACGACGCGUCCUUCCACACAAGAAAGGCGAGCCAAGACAGCGACGUGGAGACGGAGCCAGUGGGAGUUCACGCAGAAGCUGGAAACGGAAAAGGAUUCUGUGGCGGCGAAGCAGAGAAGCCAGACGCCUCGAAGAAGCGGCCUAGAGAAGAAUGGGAACAGGGGAGUGUCAAAGUUAAGAAAACAGGAAAAGAUGCAAGUCGUGCUGACGGCAGCACGUCGCCGUCAGGGAACCAGGAGGAUGGCGACACAGAGAGUUCGAAUCCGUCGGCCUCUCGGCAGUCGUCGACGGCUCCCAACGGCGUCGAGGAAUGGAGAGCUGCGGGCGGUGCCCAGACGCCGUGCGCGGACUUUGCGCCGUUCGAAGCUGCUCAGAGAGCGGCCGCUCUGGGGCAGCACCUCACAGGCGCGCGCCUUCUCGCGGACCUACGCCAGAUGGGCGCUGCGCUCCUGACCGGGUCUUCUUCCUCUCCGGCCACGGGAGCGGGUCCCGUCGCCCCCGGCGGGGCCCGUGGGCAAAGCGGCGAGAACAAAGAGUAUGCGCCGUCGGCGGGCCAGGCGAGGGCGACGGUCUCCAACGGCUCCAGCGCGACGUCGCAGGCGGAGAGGAAGAGGCCGGAUUCACAAGAGGCCUCGACAAAGUGUGAAACGAAGGCGCGAGUGGGUGCAAAGAAGGCAGAGAGCAGCAGUGAGGAAGAAGGGGAGGAAAAGGAGGAAGGUGAGCUCAGCGAUGAUGAACCUUCUCCGCCGAGACGAAAAGACAUGCAUUCGACGAGUGCGACCUCGCAGGGGGGGAGUGCGGCCACCUCGAGUGUCUCUGUCUCAGGGAGAAUCGGACCAGCCACGCAUCCCACGAGCUCCCCAGCGGCGGCGACGCUGGCUCCACCUGCCGGAUCAACAGAGUCUGCCUAUGGACUUGCGCAGGUUCCUGGAGCGAGCCGUGCGGUCGCGGCACAGGAGGCGACGCCGCAAGGCUGGGUAGACGGGUGGAGGAAGAGCGCGAGUUCUGCGCGAGGGACGGGCACGGAGACAAGGGCCCAGGGCGUGGCCAGCUCCGAGUCUCCGUCGUCGUCCUCCGACGUUUCCUCCUCGUUGGAAGAAGAAAGCGAAAAAGAGAGUGAGCAGGACUGGAUCUCGCAAGCGCUCCCGCUGCGGUCGUUCACAAGUCAGUGUGCGGUGUGCUGUCCCAGUCUCUUGCCGGCCGACGACGCGCGCCGGCUGGAUGGGAGGCGGGGCGUCGGUUCCGGCGAGAAAUCACACGGCCGACCAGAAACGCGCGUCUCGGGACCGAAGGUGCAACGCGCGUCGAGUGCGGGAAAGUCUCUCUCCAGGCUGAGUCGGGCGUUGGGACAGCGUGAGGGAACGUGCAAGGUGCCCAGCCACUCCGGACGGUCAGGAGCGACACAGCCCCUGCGGGGCAGUCUACCUUAUCUGGGUGGAGCGACGGACGCGGAAAUCGACGAGGCGGAAGACCACGCCUCGAGCCGAGAAGAUUUGAAAAGGACCUUGGAGCUUCUUCUCCAGUUGGGACGCAAAGCGUCACAGUCUCCAAAGAGAGUCCAAGUUCUUGCUCUCCUGGUUUCGCUACAAGCUGUCUCGUGGCUGGUCGCACCUCUUCCUGUGCGAGCGCUGGAAGCUCUAGCGCGGAAGAAGCAAACCCGCGAGGCGCCUGCGCCGGGAACCAAAGGGAAGAGUAAGAAAGCCGGAGAGGGAGACGGAGGCGGAGCGGACGGCGCGACCCAGCCUCUGUUAGGAAGCGGCGAAGCGAUGACGAAGUCCCAGACGGACCUGCCGAGUGCUUCGUCUGCAAAGACCGCUGCAGGCGGCGUGGACGAAGCAAUGCUCUGGGCAACCGCAAAGGCCGAAAAACUCGCGAUCGAAGACCUCGUCUCACGGACGGUGGAGACGUUCGCCGAGCUGCUGAACGACGAGGAAGAGGCCCUACAGCCAGUCAUCAGCGCGUGGAUAGGGCGUUGCCUUCUGUCCCUCCGAGUGCAUUGGCCAUCUCUCCUUCCCCGCGUGGCCGAGAUCCUCAGUCGCCUCGCUGUCUUGUCACCUCACCGCCAGGCUCCUUCCACAGCGUUCGCAUGCUUACUCUGUGCCGGCGCAGUUCCGUUUGCUCCUGCCUUGUCCCACACGACCUCAGCCUCUUCACCUGUCGCUGCCUCUUCACCUGUCGCUGCCUCUUCACCUGUCGCUGCCUCUUCACCUGUCGCUGCCUUUUCACCUGUCGCUGCCUUUUCACCUGUGACGUCUUCCUCGCAUCGUCGGCACAUCGUGAGGGCGGCCGUCUUUUUCGAUCGACAAGAGGAUGGGUUGGUAAGUCUCAAAUAUCUUUUCCAGCCCGCGGUGCAGGGCUCGCUCCCUGGGAUCGCUCUCACUCUGCUGCGGAGGUUUCUGAGGGAGAGGCGGACAGGUGACGCUGGCGGCGCUGCAGCAUUUCCCAGUUCUUUGCCGCGUCCACAGAGCAAAGGCGGCGAUGCAGCCCAGAUGCGCGACACCGCGGCGGCUGUCCGAGGCGAAGCGACUGCGCCGGCAGCACUGGAAGCUUUCAGGCAUUCGUGGGAGUCGCAUUUUGCCUGGAUCGAUGCCUUCCGAGCGGGUCUUGAGAGCUUCCUGGAAGAAGUCCUUCACGCGUACGGCCUGGCAGGCUUUUCGGCUUCAUCCACUGCUUCAUCAAGGCGGCAAACGCAGCGAGCUCGGUUGGAACGCCAGUCGGAUCCGAACGCUUCGCAGGUUGCACCGGAGAGUCGCCUCGGCGUCUCCACAGCAGGAAAGGCAGAUCCCCAGACGUCUUGUCCCGCCGGCGAAGUCGGUGAACCGCCGUCACAUCUGCGCCCCGUUCCCCCCCCACAGUUUGAGUUCCGCGCACGCGCCGGCGGACCGUUCUCUCGGAGACCUCUCUACAAGACGGCCGUGUAUGCGGGCGUUGCCGGUUUCCCGGCCGUCGCCGCCAUCUGUUUCGGCGCAUGCGCCGCCGUUGCCAUGACGCCUGAGACGUUCAAUUGGCUGACUGCCGUGGCCGGGAGCCUUCGUGCGGAGGCUGUCCUUGCUCGGAACGCUGGGCAGCAAACCUGCUCUCUGGGAUCCGCACGCGAGACGGGUGUCGCGGAGGAAACAGACUCGCAGGGAUCUCCGCGUCCAGCGAAUCCACUCAGUUUAUCCUCGGGAGACCGCAACCGCCCUGCGGGUAGCCGAGGCGAAGCGCGUGGCGCCGCAGGCGACGUGCAUGCAUCUGCCGCCGAGGCCGUGGAAGCCCCCCAAGGAGGCUUCUGGUCCGUCGCUGGCAGGCCUUCCGACUCUUCAGCGGGCGCAGGGCGGCCUGGACGCGGAGUGGCGAGCACGCCUGGAACGGACUGCUUCGCGGAGGCCGUGGCGAAGGCGAGACAGGCAGUUCGAGAGGCCGAGGCGAACUGGGGCUUCGCGCUCGAGAACCUUCAGGCGCUCAGGAGACGGGAAGAACAGUUUCUGGCGGAAGGGAGGAGCAGCACCGGUGGAAAGCCGCAGCCGCUGCUCCACGCCUUUAUCAAGGGCCGGCUGGCCGUCGCCACUGCUCUCCUCUCUUUUCUGGGCUUCUGCCGAGAUGUGUCGCACGUCAAGCGCCUCCGACGAGCGGCGCCUUUCUUUCCUCCACCUGGCGGAUGGAGAGAUCAGGCACAGAGACACACACUCGACGGCGAGAAAAGAGAGAGAGGGAACUCGGGCGAGACUCCUGAAGGUUUUGUGGACAGUGACGGGAAGGCGCUGGGUCCAGAGGAGAGUUCGACGCUCAGCCAGGCGCCAGAGACUCAAGCAGGUGACAGCUCGCCAAGGGGUCACGGAGAGCGACUGGAAAACGAAGGCGAAGUCUUCGAGGAAACGCUUCAUCUUUUGGAGAAUCUCAGAAGCCAAUUUGCAAGCCUCGAAAUGCAGUUUGGACUCUUCAGCUCGCAACCUCUCCCACUCUGUUCGACCUCUCGGCGUCUCCUAAACCUCCAGACUUGUCUCUGUCGGACCUUCUGCCUCUUGGCCACAUUCCUCAUGGCUCGCCUUCUGAAAUCCCAGGUGCUUUCUCUUCUCGCUGCCCAGGGCUUCUCCGGAUGUCUCUGCCCCUGUCCGGACAGGUGCGGCGGCUCCGCAGAAGAAGAGAGUCGCCUCUGCGAGAGCUCCGCAGAGACUCAAACUUCAUCUUUGCGCGUUUCCCCGAAGGACGCGCUCGCCGGCAGCGCUGCCGUCACCGACGCACUCAGUGGGGCCUACCCGGGUUGGACGAAGUCUGAGCAAGUUUCGUUUGACGUCGGGAAAGAAGCAUCUGCCUCCACGGAAAAGGCAGCCUCUUUAAGCGAAUCGUUUGCGUCACCAGAGGGACCAGCGUGCGUUCGGUUACCCCUUCUGGGCGCCUUGUUCCUUUCGAAUCGGAGUGUGGGGAACCCGAGAGACCUCGAGUCAGUGGCCGAAGCGGCAGAAGCGGCCUGGCUGCUCAGCCAAGACCUGCCGUGCCCGGCGCAACUGACCGACCGCGAGGAAACUCUUGAUUUCCUGCCUGUGUGGAUGGACGCGAGUGCGGCACCCUUCAGGGCUGCCGGUUCGCAGAUCAGCUGCUGGGCGGCGGUGGAAGAAAGCCGGCGGAGAACCGAAUACGGGGCGACCGGCGCGAAUGAGGGUAAGCCUCCUAGCUCUCAGCAGGAAGAGCGCUGUUGCCAUCGUCCAGGCCUGGCGCGUCUCGCCCGAAUGCCACAGAGCCUACCGGUUCCGAAGUCCUCCCUGCAGGCGUCUGAGUGUCCUCCGGAGCCGCCUGUCUCCUGUCUCGUCUCUCUCGAUGCGGUACAGUCCGUGGCAUCUUCUGCCUUCUCGCCGUCGCGAGCGCCAGUCGGAAAGUGCCAGCGGGAGGCGGAAACCGAGCCGAGCGAUCCUUCGGAAGCGUCUCUUCCAGGUGACAAAGAAGGCCACCAUUCACUUCCAGACGUCACAGUGGAUAAUAUGAGAGGGUCUGCCGACGCUUCCGCCGAGGUCGAGGUCCAGCAGACAGGUUCUUCCUCGCUUUCGUCUCCAGGCUCGCUAGCACCCAAAUGCGCGUGCUGCGUCCGGCCGUUCUUCUUCCUGGAUAGGCUGCUUCCCCUUCUCCGCAUUUCUGCGGCGCCGCUCCUCGUUCGCGAGCCGCCGUCGGGCGACUCUGACGGCCUCCGGGGCGUGUCCACUGAGGCCAGCGUCGACUGCAGCUCAGCUCCGCUCGCGGCCGAAGCCUCUCUGGGGCCGGGAGCGGCAGGUCCCGCGAGAGAACUCGACAGGGUAGCGUCUCCGGGGCUUCUGGACGGCGCUGUGUCGGAUUCGGAGAUGAAUGGCUCGAGCUGCGAGCGCACCGAACGGCGGGGAUUCUUGGAAGACUUGGAAGCCUCUGUGCCUGCUUCGACGGAGUCGUCUGCAUCGUCUGCAUCGUCGGCCCACCUUGCGACAACAAGCGCGUCUCGGUCCGCGCGGCCUCCGAGGGUCGCACACGCGAGGUUGACGCACCAGGGAAAUUUCUGGGAGACGAACGCGAAGAAGGAAGCCUCACCAAAGCUCGGGGACGCCGCAGAGCCCAGCUUCUGCUGGAGUGACGAAGCGGAGGGAGGAUCAUCGCCACUCCUGCGACGAGCGUUCCCUCCAGAGCUGCUUGAACAAGCUGUGGCCUUGAUCGAGCAGUGUUUGUACACCCCGUUUCCUCUUCCGCCGCGGAUCUUCAAUCCGAAGUGUCUUCCCUGGGUCGCUGUGAGAGCAGCUCUAAGUGGAGAGGAAGAGGCAGCCCGUGGCCGAUGUGUCUUCCCAGUUGUGACGUUCACGGGCGAGUUGCGUGAUGCGGAGGCGCAAACCAUCGCGGCGUGGGCGUUCGUGAGGCUUCGAAUUUCACUCGCAACGGGUCAAGGCUUCUUUCAGCAGUCGGCCUUGCACGGUGCCUUGCGUGCAGCAGAUCGAGAUCAAGACGUGAUUGCCAUCGAGGACAUCCCGGUUGCGCAGCCUGUCCCGGGCGCCGCUGACGCCUUCUGCGGUGCGGCGGAUGAAGACGAGCGGCCGGGUCCGUAUGCAGGCGGCCUUCGUCAUUUCUCGCACACUUGCAUUCUGAAUGCAGCGAUGCAGACGCUCCCCUGCUUGCUCGUCGAGGCGAUUCCGCUCGACGCAGACCGCGGAGUUCUCGGGGAGAAGAGCUCCACUUUUGUCGAGGUCACCGAGGCUCAGAAAGCCAUGCCGCUCUAG